AUGGAAAUAGUUGCUGAAGCUACGUACCGUGGGGUUACUGAUGUGGUUUUCACUGAUACCAGUGGCGACUAUGAGACGCUAGCGGGACCAAUCAGUUGGACACACCCCUCGGAUAUGACCGACGUUGAUGGAUAUAAGUUUCUGAUCACAGCGGAUGCCUCAACUGAACCAACUCCUGGCACCCUGACGGCUUUCAGAGAGCUCAAUCAUCCAGGAUUUGGUGGAACGCUGUCCUACACCUACACCAAUUUCACAUUGGCAGAUACACCGCGAGAGGCAGCCAUCCCGAUACCUGGCAUGACAUUGCCUCGCUACUUGCAAGUUCACACCAUCAUCUCCGGAAAUUGGCAAGCGGUGUCCGAGAUAGCACCCUCUGCCAUAAUUCCAAUCUACGACCGAGGCGGGUCGUUCUCCACUCUUCCCUUCGAGCAGCAGGAUGUCGUGUUUGCGGACACUGAUCCUCGCUGCGGCUUUCUGGGUGGGAGUGUUUCAUUUGAUCUUCCUGCUGAUGCAGAUUUCACAUACCUGAAAUCAUGGAGAAUCUAUUUUGCUGAGGACCUCUAUGGCUCAAAUCCAACCUCUGCUGUGGAGUUGCCAAUGGCCCUGAACAACAUUGUCAAUCUCUCCUCAGACUUCGAGGUCGGUGAUCGAACAGUCCUCACAAUAGCAGGUGUCACAGACACGGGUGAAAUCAAUAUCUCUAUUCCUGACGUGGAUGACGUCUUCCAGCUCCACAUCGACUACGACCUCGAGCUCAACGAAGACGCUCACUUCCACGUCCACAAGAACAUCGAGUAUGACCUCCACGUCCAGUUCCACUCGAAGCUCCAGCCAAACAUCUUCUUCCACCUCAGCAACCACGAGCACAUCUACAACAACCACAACGUUCAGCUCCACAAAGACGGAGUCUUCUACUUCCUCACGCACGUCAAGCAGUUCCUCCACGUCUGCAACUACGACUUCCUCGAAGUCCACAACCUCCAGCGGGACAUCUUCAUCCACCUCCACAACCACCAGCACAUCCACAUCAACCACAACUGCCAGCUCCACAAAUACGCCGACUUCCACAACGUCCUCGUCCUCUUCCGUGACCAGGAGCACAUCCACAUCAACAACGACGUCCAGCUCCACAAAAUCGAUGUCGUCUACUUCUACUUCCGCAAGCACGACCUCCAGCAGAACAUCUUCGUCCACCUCCACGACCAGGUCCACAUCCACAUCAACCACGACGUCCACUUCCACAGAAUCUCUGUCUUCCACAUCUACACGCACGAGCACGUCCACAUCAACAGCAACAUCCAGUUCCACAAAGUCGAUGUCAUCCACUUCCACACGCACUACGACUUCCAGCUCUUCGGCAAGCAGUUCCUCCACGUCCAGUUCCACUCGAUCCUCCAGCAGAACAUCUUCAUCCUCCUCAGUAUCCACAAGCACAUCCUCAUCCACCACAACCUCAAGUUCGUCGGAGACUAUGUCCUCCACUUAUACAAAGACGUCAAGCAGCUCACCCACGUCAACCCGAACCUCAAGCACAACAUCUUCAUCCACUCACACGCCCACAUCAUCUACGACCUUGAGUUCAACAAAGACUUCCACUCGAACCUCCAGCAGAACAUCUUCGUCCUCCUCCGUGACCAGGAGCACAUCCACAUCAACAACGACGUCCAGCUCCACAAAUACGCUGACUUCCACCUCCACACGCUCAUCCAGCAGUUCCUCCACGUCCACAACUGCGACAUUCAGCUCUACAACAAGUAUCUCCUCCACUUCCAGUUUCACCCGGACCUCCAGCAGAACAUCUUCGUCCACCUCCGUGACCAGGAGCACAUCAACAACGACGUCCACUUCCACAAAAUCUCUGUCUUCCACUUCCACACGCACCCGAACAUUCUCGUCGACAUCCACAACUAUGACUUCGAGCUCCACGGAGACGCGGACUGUCACUUCCACAAGAAGUUCAAGCAGUUCGUCCGAAAGUCUGUCUUCUUCUUCCAGUUCUACUUUCACGUCCAGCUCAACUCGAAGUUCGAGCCGAACAUGGACUUCUUUAUCUGUGAGCACGACCACUACUGCCGCCUUUACAAUGAGCUCAGAACCCUCCUCAAUGCAAGCGCUGGCAGGAGCUCCUGUGCAAGCUGGAGCGGCACCAUCAGUUCUGGGGGGAUUCGCCGCGGGCUUGCUCUGCUCCGCUAUGGGCGUGUACACCUUUUGGACCUAUGGCCAGAGCGGCCAGGGCAGUCGGAGCACGCGCAGCUCUCAGGUGGCUCCAGUGGAGUUCACGCAGCGGAGCUUGCAGAGCAGCUUGCAAGAACACUGCGUCAAGCUGAAGCAUCUGAUGAUGUGGCUUAUGCUGAGUUUGUUAGAUAUGAAUUGUUGGACGACUUGGAGAGGUUAUUUGAUCGGCAUCAGCAGACUUUUGUUAGGGAUAUCAAGAACCUUUGCACAAGCUGGAGGGCGAGAAGCCUAUCAGCUCGCGGCCUCUCCCCGAAUUCGGAAGGGGCUGUCCUACUGCAAGAUUUGGCAGACAUUGUGCAAAGUUUGGUGCUGAAGCAGCAGCAGAACAGCAUGCCUUUGGGCAGGCACACUUUCGCAGUCCUGCGUCAGCAAAUCGAGGAGACGUGGCAGACGCGCUUGGGAAUAUGUGGAACCGCGUCAGCUUUUCAAACCAAGGCAAAUGGUGAGCUGGGCCCAGAAGAACCGGUUCUGGAAGCAGCUCUACCAUUCGCCCCGCAUGCCCCGCCAGAUCAUGGCCAGGGUGGUGAAAGCAGAGAUGGGCGAUCUUGUUUGCAAAGUGCAGCGUGCAUUGACUUGCUGACGUCUCUAGACGAGCUAGUCAGUCAAAAUUCAUGUAGAGCCGAAUUCAAGAGCGAAGUUGCAAGAGUCUGUCAGAGCUGGAAGCAUAGGCACAUGGCACAAAGCUUGCCAGACAAUGCCGGCAUCGUGCUUCUUUUGAAGAGCCUGUCUGACCUGCUACGCACUGCCGUGAGCAGCGACGGAGGCAGAGAGCAAAGAGGACGCCAGGCGUGCAGCAACCUCCUGAAUGCUUUGAAGAAGCUGUUCAGCGACGGUCUUCGCCGCCCGGGGGGAAGUCUUGCAAGUGAGAUUUCCCAUGUUUGUACAAACUGGCAGAGAAGAGAGCGCUUGUCUGCCAGCAGCGAGUCAGCUCGGCUUGUAAACACGCUCGCCGAUGCCCUUGCUGCAGAAGCCAAGCGCGAAGCGAGCAACACGCUCGCAGCCAUGUCAUACGGUACCGAAGAAGUUGUGAAACAAAAACAGUCUCUGUGA